CUCCAUGGAUGAUGAAAGUGUUUUAACCCGGGCUCAUCAGGGAAUGGAGCGAGAAACGCUUCAGGCAAUAAUACAACAGUGGAACUCGGAACGACUGGACCUGUUCGAGAUCAGUGAGCCUGAUGAGGUAAACACACACAGCCAGCUUGUGAAAGGAUGGGUUUUGGGCCCAUGCAAAGUAGAAACAUUGUAUGAUUUUAUUUCAUUGAGAAUGAGGAAGUGCAGAGUAAGGAUAUAUAAGUGCUUCUGCGGCUGAGCGCAAAAGGGGGCUUUCACAUUGGAGCUGUGUGCAUCACAUAUCUUUCCAUUAGAAACUAUGCCAUGUUAACUGACAUGGAAUAUGAUCUUAAAUAUGAUAACUGAACAUCAGUUAAUAACUUUUCAGUAUACCCUUUUUCUGUCAUUUUUAGAGCACAAGUUUCUGUUUAUCUGUUGACUUAAAAAACUAAGUGUAACUUGCACAUCUGUGAAAGCAAUGUUAGCCCUGUGCCGUCUUCUUGACAACAUCUUUUGCAGGGACAUCCAUGCUUAUUUCAACAUGACAACACCAAGAAACAUUCUGCAGGUGUUAGCGAGUGUGUGUGCUUCACUGGCCUGACCACAGGUCGUAACUGUCUCCUUAAAAAUGUGUAAGGCAAUAUAAUGCUCAAAAUAUGACAGUGAAGAUACAGUUGUGCAGCUGAAGACUUUUAUAAUAGAACAAUGGCUAAAAAGCUUUCAGAACUGGAUCAGUUUGUGUCUUCAGUCCUGAAAUGGUAAUUAAGUUGAUUGCAAUCCAUAACUGUCUCCAAUUAAAAACAUGCUGUGCAUUAUAAAGCUGCAGCUGAAGACUUUUAUAACAGAAAAAUGGCAAAAAGGUUUGAGAACUGGAUCAGUUUGUGUCUGUUGUCCCAAAACAGUAAUGAAGUAUUGUUAAAAGAAAAGGUGAUGUAACACAAUGGUAAACAUGCUCCUGUCCCAACUUUUUUUGGAACAAGUUGCAGGCAUCAAUUGUGGAAUGAGCCUAAAUUUACAAAAACCAAUAAGAUUCAUAACUGUUAUAUUUUGUACCAGUUUGUACCAUUUCAAAAUAUAUGAUUGCAAAGACAACACAAGUUUAACUUUAAUGGCAUUCAAGUUAUCGACUCAUGCUUCAGUUGUUUGUGCUUCCCAACGUUGCUUAUUUAUACCAUGUCUAACCAUAGCUUUCAUUCCAUUUCAGGACCUGGUUUUCCAUGGAAUCAUGCGCUUUUAUCUUCAGGACCACACUGCAGGGAGCUUUGCAACCAAGUGCAUUCGUGUCUCCAGCACUUCCACAACGCAAGAGGUCAUUGAAAUGCUGCUUGAGAAAUUUAGGCCUGAUGUCAGCAUUGAGCCUCACCCAUACUCUAUGUAUGAGGUCUGUGGAGAUGAAGAGGGAAGGCGAUUGGAUCUCAGUGAGAAACCCUUAAUUGUUCAGCUUGGCUGGAAUAAAAACACCACAGAAGGCCGUUUCAUCUUGAAGUAUGACAGUAACAUGAAUUUGCAGAAUAAUGGCUUGGAAGGCCAGGAAAAGCUUGGGGUGAUACAGAACUUUAAGAGGACAUUGUCAAAGAAACAGAAGACAAAUAAACAGAAGAAAAAAGAAAGUAUCAACACUACAACAUCAGAAAUAUAUGACCUGGCUACUGGUAACAUGAAUCGCAAGAACAAUCAUAAACAAAAGAUAGGAACAAUGGAUGAUGCUCCUAAGCCGGUGAAUAACCCAGCAGCGAUGGAAAGUUGUGUACUGAGGAAUGAAGAAAUGAAGUCAGAGGAUGGCAGCCACAAGUCAUUGCCCAGCCCUGUUAAACCAGCUGGAAGAACACAGUGCACAGAGCAGCCCAAUAAGAGGGGAAUAUUUAAGUCAUUUACUCCAAAACAGCGUCACACUUUUGAACCCCAGAAUGGAAGCACUGUACUAGAGAACUCCAGGCUAAAAUGGAAUCUUCCACUAAGUAUUCAGCUUGGAGAAAAAAAAGAAGAAGCUUUCUUGCUUGCUGUAGUAAACUACACCAACAGCUCCACAGUACACUUUAAGCUCUCCCCAGCCUAUGCUUUCUAUUUGGCAAGCCGCUUUGUGUUCAGUCAGAGUGAGGAAAGGAACAAAAGUCACAAAAAGACAGCACAAAGAGUUACUACUAUCAUUAACAGGAUUGUGCAUUUGAUGGAUGAUGUCAUUCAGAAACAGAGGACCAUUACUGUAGCUCUUGCCUUCUGGAUGGCAAAUGCUUCUGAGUUCCUGAACUUCAUCAGGCAGGACAGGGAUCUGGCCACCACCACAUUCCAUUCUCAGACUGCCCUGACUCAGCUGGUUCAGAAGGCUUUCACCUACCUUUCACAUCGUCUUCUGGCUGACCUCGAGAGUCAUCUGCCCACUUUUGUGACAGAUGCUGGAGAGCAGAGCACCCAAGCAGCUGGAAUAGAUUUUGUAUUGGCUACUUUCACAAGGGCUAUGAGCUUAUUGCGUCGAUUCCAGGUCAACCCUGCUCUCAGCAUCCAGCUCUUUUGUCAGCUCUUUCACUUCAUGGGAGCAUGGCUCCUGAACAGACUCACUAUGGCUGCCUCAGGCCCCAAUCUGUGCUCACACUACUGGGGCAUGACCUUGCGCCAGCGGCUAAAUCACGUGGAAGCCUGGGCAGAGAGACAGGGACUGGAGCUGGCUGCAGACUGCCACCUGAGCCGCAUAAUCCAGGCAGCAACUCUUUUGACCAUGAACAGCUAUGCUAUUAAAGAUGCACAGAAAAUUCAUUCCACUUGCUUCAAACUGAACUCCCUGCAGCUACGGGCAUUAAUGACUAAAUAUCAAUAUGCGCCCAAGCAACCUCACAUUCCACAUGGUCUGAUUGAGAGUGUGGUGGCAAUGGCAGAGAGCACAGAAAAUGAGGUGCUGAAGAAAGAAGGCAGAGAAAUCAGAAUAGAGGAGGAUCUACACCUUCAUCUGCCUUUCUUGCUUCCUGAGGAAGGUUACUUAUGUGAGACACUGCAAGGCAUUCCAAAGGGUUUUCAAGAGUUUCUGGAGCCAAUCUGCCAUAGAGGCCUUUGUACACUAAUGCCUCACUGCCUCUCUCUUGGGUCUUGGACUGUUUACUUCCAGACAUCAGACAGUGUCCCUACAAAUAGGUCAAAUUGUAAACCUGAGACUGUGAAAAUCGUACUGAAGAAACCUUUGCGAAGUGGAAUGGGCAUAAGCAUAGUAGCAGCAAAGGGAGCUGGACAAGAAAAGCUGGGAAUUUUCAUCAAAUCUGUUGUUCGUGGGGGAGCAGCAUAUGUGGAUAGCCGAUUGACUCCUGGGGACCAGUUACUUAGCGUGGAUGGCAAGAGUCUUAUUGGAGUAUCACAAGAACGGGCUGCUGAGAUAAUGAUGUGCACUGGAUCAUCCAUAAGCCUGGAGAUUGCAAAGUUAGCAGCUGUUUAUUAUGGUCUGGAAGAGGUGCUUACCCAGCCAUCAACAUCUAAAGCUGGUGCUGAUGGUGAACAGGCCAUCCAGACAUCCAGUGGUCUUGAUGUGAAUGACAUUUCAAAGCAGAUUGCAUGUGCUGCUUCAGCACUGCCAGGGGUGCGGGAAAAUCACCACACAGCCAAGAAAGCAAUCAGGAAGCAAGACCAGAAAUGGCUCAAGCACAGACUGGAGUAUCGCUCAAACCCCAACUUGGCAUAUGCGCUUCAGAAUUCUGAGGAAAUGUCUGUUGAUUCAGCCGUGAAUCAGAUCACAUCAGUCUCCACUGACAAUAUCAUUGCUGGUGAGGAAUCUGAAUCUGGCAUUUCAAAGCUCUGUCCUGAUCAGACUGGAUCUUACAGGGAAUAUCUAACAUUGCCAGUGUCUAGACUUCAGGGCAGUAAAGCACCAAGAAUUGUUGAACAACCUCAUAUCUUCUCCACAUUCUCCCGUGGUCAAGACAAUGUAACUUCUGUGAAACAGGCUCGUUCUCAAGAGAACCUUUCCUAUACGGACAGAGGAGGCCCCCUAGUGGACAGACCGCUGAAUCUGAACAAAUGGAGUGACCAACAAACGGCAGACUUGGAGAGGAGAAACAUGGGUGGACUGUGGAAUAUUUCAGCAGCACCUCAGUCUAUGCCUGUGUCACAGCCAAAGCGGAUAGAUGUCCCGUUGUCCCAUCCAACCAACACUCUAUCAUUUGGCACUUUCUGCCAACCCAUGCCAGCAGCAAACAGCAUUAAUCUCAACUCGACCUGUUUGAGUCCUGCUCACGGUCAAGUCAGAAACUCACAGCAAAUCUCUGUAUUGCAUAGCUACCAUUUGCAACAACACAAAGGUCCAACGCUGGCAUCCAAGCAGCUACUUCAGUCUUGCAUCACAACUCAGAAACCUAAACCUGGUAAGGCCUGUGAAACAAUGCAAGCUAUAGUGUGCAAGUCUUUCCCUCAGGAUAACACAGACAAGAUGAGCCCCUCACAUCCAAGUGAUACCUUUGGGCCUCAAGGGUAUAAGACUGUCAAGAAGAGCGAUGUGCAACGUGCUGGAGGUGGCCUUUGUCCAGACCCAUGGAAGAGGGAGGCCCGGGAGCAGUUGGAGAAGCUGCAGAGGCAUCAGGCAGUGGACCUUCUGGAGCAGGAAGUGCUGCAGUUGCAGGCCAAAGUGGAAUGCACCCUAGAGGAGAGUGAGCACCUGCGCAGACUCUCCCUUGAAUGGCAGUUUCAAAAGAGGCUACAGGAGUUCCAGCAGAAUGAAGACAAGGAUGAGGAGGAAGAUGAGGACUACAUAACAGUUACCACAAUGCAGCAGACUGUGUUGAAAAGCAAUGAGCAGUCCAAGGCAAUGGAGUUGCAUAAUGGACAGAAGCUGUGUGAGAGUCAGGCUCAACUGGCACAACAACAGAAAGGCCAUUCUGCUGAAGAGGACAGCUUCAAAGAUGCAGUUCCUGAAAGGUCUUCUGAAACUAACACCCAGCGUGUCACAGUUUCCUUUGGUCAACUCAAUCAAGAACAUAAGAACUUCAAGAAUGUAAGAGAACCAGAGAAUCUGACCUUCAGGGAGCGACAGCAGCUGUUUUCCUUGACCAUGAAUGAAAAAUACAAAGUCAAAGUAUCAUGAUUGUGCCACUGUAUUUGUCAAUGUUGUGAUCAU